AUGACUCAAACAAACGGCCACAACGAGCUUAAUGGCCAUAAUACCGCAACCUCCAACGGAAACAUGAAUGGCCAUACCAACGGACGUGUCAAUGGCCAUACCAACGGACACACCAACGGGCACACCAAUGGCCAUGUUCCAGAUGGGAACCAUACUGAGGGUAUCAACGGCCACAGCGCACAGAGUAACGGACAUACCAUGCCCAUUCCUACUGCUGCUGAAGCCAAUGGCUCAAGACCCCCCUUUGAACCCGUCGCCAUCUGCGGAAUGGCGUGUCGACUCCCUGGAGGAAUUGCCUCUCCCAGUGACUUGUGGGAGUUUCUUCUCGAGGGAGGCGACGCUCGAAGCCGCGUUCCUAUGACAAGAUUCAAUAUUGACGGUUACUAUAAUGCUCACAAGACUGGGAGUGCCAACUGUCAGUACGGCUACUUCCUCGACGAGUCCGUUGAUCUGGCCGGGCUAGAUACAUCCUUCUUCUCCAUGUCUCGCCGUGAUGUCGAGUGGCUCGACCCUCAGCAGAGGCUGAUGCUUGAAGUGGCCAGGGAGUCGGUCGAUGAUGCUGGUGAGGUCAACUUCCAAGGCUCGAGCACCGGUGUAUAUAUCGGUUCGUUUGCGAAUGAUUGGUACGAUAUCAUGGGGAGAGAUCCUCUACACAGAAGUGUUGUUUCGACUAUUGCAUCACAUGACUUUAUGAUCUCGGAACGUAUCUCUCACGAGAUGGAUCUGAGAGGGCCAAGCAUGACCAUCCGAACCGCCUGCUCAUCUGCGUUGGUCAGUCUUAACGAGGCUUGUAUGGCCAUUGGCAAGGGUGACUGCGAAUCUGCCAUUGUCGGAGGAACAAGUCUCAUCCUGGCCCCUGAUCUGCUUACACGAUUGGCCGACCAAGGUAUUAUCAGCCCUGAUGGUUCAUGCAAGACAUUUUCCGCCGAAGCCAACGGCUAUGCUCGCGGUGACGCCAUCGUCUCCAUUUACAUCAAGUCACUGAGCGCCGCUAUCCGAGACGGGAACCCCAUUCGUUCCAUCAUCUCUGGUGCUGCCGCCAACUUUGACGGAAAGACUAAUCCUCUGACGAACCCCAGUGUUACGGCCCAGGAGACAUUGAUCAGGAGAGCGUACUCCGUCGCAGGCAUCCGUGAUCUUUCAAAGACAGCUGUGUUUGAGUGCCACGGAACAGGAACUGCAACUGGUGAUCCAAUCGAGACUGAGGCGAUUGCUUCUGUGUUUGGCGAACAGGGAAUCUACCUCGGAUCGGUCAAGCCUAACCUGGGGCACUCUGAGAGUGCCUCUGGACUUACUGCCGUCCUCAAGGCUACCCUGUCUCUGGAGCACAAUAUGAUCGCCCCCAACAUCAAGUACUCGCCCGUUAACCCCAAGAUUCCCUUCGAGCGCGCUAAGCUCGUCAUUCCCGAGGAACCAACACCAUGGCCUGCGGGACGUGACGAGCGUAUUAGUAUCAACUCUUUUGGUGUUGGUGGUUCCAACGCCCACGUUAUUGUUGAGUCUAUCGAGAGCUUCAUGGCAUCUCACCCGCAAGUUAUCGCUAAGCCAGUGACCGAACCAGACUCUCAGGACGAGGGCCCCAGACUGUUGCUGUUCUCGGCCAAGACUACGCCCUCUCUCAAGGCAAUGACUGCCAGCUACCAGGCCCUCUUUGACAGUGGAGAUGUGUCGAACCUAUCUGACAUUGCAUACACGCUUGCAAACAGAAGAGAACACUUCAACCACAGGUCUUUUGCCAUCGCUACCAAGGAAAACAUUGAAGUCAGCACCUCCGCGCUCUCCAGAGAUAAUCCAUCUUCCCCAAGUUGUCUCAUCAUGGUAUUCAGUGGCCAGGGCGCUGCUUGGCCCCAGCUUGGACGAGAGUUACUGCUCUCCAACAGCGUAUUCUCUGGUACUAUAAAUGCGCUACAGUAUCAUCUUGGAACGUUAGGUACUGCUUCGCCAACCUGGUCUCUCGCCGAAGAGAUUCUCAAACCAGCCCGAACCAGCAGAAUCUACGAAGCUGAGUUCUCUCAACCGCUGUGCACCGCGUUACAGAUUGCCCUCAUUGACACAUUUGCCUCGGUCGGGGUAAAGCCUGAUGCUGUUGUUGGUCACUCUAGCGGUGAGAUUGCUGCUGCUUACGCUGCUGGGGCUUUGACGGCGAGGGAGGCCAUCAUCAUUGCCUUCUUCCGUGGUUCAACUACUGCUGAGCAGAAGCACUUACAGGGUGGAAUGGCUGCGGUCGGUCUUGGAUGGGCAGAGGCGGAGAAGCAUCUCAAGCCCGGAGUAGUGAUCGCUUGUGACAACUCGCCUACCAAUGUCACCAUUUCUGGCGACAUUGAACCUCUGCAAGCUGUAGUGGCUGAGGUGAAAGAAGCCCACCCGGGAAUCCCCGCCACUACUCUCAAGGUCGACAAGGCUUAUCAUUCUCAUCACAUGCUGGGUGCUGGCGAGAUCUACCACGCCGCGCUCGUUGAUUCAGGAGUUGUUGGGAAAGCACCUCAGAUCCCUUUCUUUUCCAGUGUGACUGGCGAACUCCUUUCUGGGACAGAAAAAGCGAAUCAGCUUGGUCCAAAGUACUGGCAGACGAACUUGGAACGACCUGUCUUGUUCCGAUCUGCCGUGUCGUCAAUCAUCGCAUCUUCUGAGCCAAACCAUCACCAAGUCUUUUUGGAGCUUGGCCCUCACUCCGCUCUUGCUGGGCCCCUGAGGCAGAUUCUGGCCGACAAAGCAAGCAAGGCUUCGUAUGUCCCAUCCCUGGUCAGAAAGCAAAACAGUGUCGAGAACUUCCUACAGGCCAUUGGAAAACUGUACACUUUGCAUAUGGAUGUUGACUUGAAGUCACUGCUUCCCAGUGGUUCUUGCGUCGCUAGCCUGCCUUGCUACCCCUGGAAUCACCAGAAUCGUCUCUUCUUCGAGUCUCGUUUGGCCAAAGAAUGGCGAGAGCGAGAGUUCCCGGACCACAACCUCCUGGGAAUAAGGAGCCAUGAGAGUACCAGCCUAGAGCCAUCCUGGAGAAAUCUCAUCCAGGUGUCUCGUACCCCAUGGAUUGCUGACCACAAGAUCGGUGAGACGAUAGUCUUCCCCUUUGCAGGAUACAUUGCUAUUGCAUCAGAAGCCUGCAGACAAAUCACUGGGAUCCAAGAAGGAGUUAGCCUGCGGAAUGUCAAGGUCCACACGGCUUUGGUUAUUGAGGAAGAUGGUGCUACAGAGAUUGUCACUACCCUGCGCCGUGUGAAGUUGACAGAGGAGCAAGACAGUGAGUGGUGGGAGUUCUCUGUGAGCUCACACAAUGGCCACGUAUGGAUCAAGCAUUGCUGGGGACAGGUUCGGGGAGAGCAGAACCCAUUCCCUGAGAAAGAGGUUAUCAAGAAAAGUGGCGAUGUGCUGCCACGAGAGGUCAAUGCUUCCAAGUGGUAUGAAGUCGUUUCUGAAAAGGGGCUUACCUAUGGGCCUACUUUCAACACCAUGGAAAGCAUCUGUACAUCGACAAAACCACCCCAUCAAGCCUCAACUACUAUACAGAAUGGUGAGAACCGAUGGGAUGAUGCUUCAGAGUAUCACAUGCACCCUAUUGUCCUCGACACCUUCUAUCAGUUAGUGAGCUGCACAUCUACGCUUGGAAUCUGCCGUUCCUACCGACGACUCGUUGCCUCAAGCAUUGAGUUCAUGACCAUGGCUCGGUGCAAUGAUGAGAUAGUGAGCAUCGAGGUGUCUUCAGAGCUUGGUCAGGACCUCGUUGGUAGCGGUACCGUGUUUUCAGGAUCGAAGCCCGUCAUGCGAGUCAUCAACUCCCAUUCUUCAUUCUUUGAAGAGGGAGAUGUAGGCGAAAAUGCCGAAGUUCCCAUCACGGCAAGAUGCGAGUGGGUGCCAGACAUCGAUUUAAAGUCGCUUGGGGAUCUUGUGAAGUGUCCCGAGGAUACCGAGGACUCGUUCAAAAACCUAACGGAGCUUUCCAAGAUAUUGAUCGCCCAGGCGCAUCGAUUGGCUGCCAGUGUUGAUGUUCAAGUCCCACAUCUGAUCAAGUACAAGAACUGGCUCGACAAAGUCAUGGAGCCGGGCCUUGCAGCUUUUGACGACGUGGAACUGGCCGACAUGUCCAAGUCUCUUUCCCAGAAGAUCCAGGACAACGGGACAUCGCCAGCAAGACUUGCAGCGGAAGCAAUGUUUGCGACCUAUGACAAGCUUCGUGAUCUUCUGAGCCAACAAGAGGCCGAAGUCAACGAGCUCGGCUCUUACUCAUCACUUGAAAUGGUGUCUCAGCCGGAUAUUUCAGACUUCCUCCUUUGUCUCGGCAACAAAAAGCCCACACUCAGAGUUCUUGACUUCUACUCAGGAUCUAUCGAGACAACAUCCAAGGCCAUCGAGGUUCUGACUCGCAAUGACGGCACUCGUCUAUUCUCCAAGUAUACCAUCGUCACGCCUCUACUGGGUAUGCCAGAGGCUUCGAGCGAACACCUCAAGAAACUAGUGUCUGACAUCGAAUUCACGACUCUUGAUCUCAGCCAGAGUCUAGCGGACCAAGGGUUUGAUGAUCGACAGUUCGAUCUCAUUAUUGCCCCAGGAGCUGUGAGCUCGGCCAGAAACGCGGAGAAGUCCCUCGCGAGUCUUCGUAACUUGCUGAGCCCUAAUGGAAGACUUCUACUCCAGGAACCUCGACCUGAUUCGUUAUGGGUGCAGUUCGUUCUUGGAACUGCUCAAGGAUGGUGGUCAUAUGAGGACGAACGUGUCGAAGGGUCCAUCGUAGGACCGGAAACACUCCAAAGACUCUUGGAAACAUCCAACUUUGUCGGUGUGGAACAGUUGAGUCUGGCUCCCUGGGCUGCUACUGUUGUAGUGGCCAGACGGGAGCCUAAGAAUACACCUAAAAAGCGAAUCACUUUGCUGUGUCAUGGAGAAGGGCCCUCUGAGCUGACACGGGAGCUUGAAGCUCAAGGCUACGCUGUCGAUCGGUGCUUUUUGGACUAG